AUGGCUUCAACCGCAGGUGCUAAUACGGACAGCAAUGUCAAUGAAUCAGUCCUGGAGCUCAACCUUGCUCACAGUCUGGGAAAUGGCUUCAAAGCCUCUUUCGUUCUCCAAGCCAAGGUGGGCAAUGUUGUCAAUGGAAAUGCCGAAGGCGGUGUUGCGCUCGAUCUUGGCAACGGCUCCUCGUUCGCUUUCGUUCUUCAACCCAAGUUGGGCGGUGUUACCAAUGGAACAGCUGACGGGGGUGCUGCCGGGGAUCUUGGCAACGGCUCCUCAGCCAAUUUCGCUGUUCAUGGCCUCGUGAACAAUUUUGCCAAUGUAGCAGCUGACGGCGGUGCUGUUGGCGGUCUAGGCACCCAGCACCUAUCCGGCAGCCCAAUCCAGACCGGCGACAAUGACGGCGAGUCUCGUGUUACCAAGGUCUUGCCAUGGGGAGGUAGGGACACGGAUGAGCUCAGAAAGACCCUCCGACAGCUGUCUCUUCGACCUCUCCCUAAGUCUAGAUCUCUCAACUCAAUCAAGCUCGACCCCAAGUACAUGGACAUGGACAUGGAUGGGAUUGAGGAGUUGGCCGUGAACCUCAGAAACAAUCCCCCACUAUCCCUCGAGGAGGUUAGAGAAGGCCGCCGUGAGGACAAGCGAAACCGCAAGAUCUGGGUCGAUCUUCUGAGAGCUAAGACUAUUGCUAGGCUUGGCAUGUCACUCUCGGAGAAGGACGCUGGAGCUAAGGUUGAGCCUACACUUCCCGAGGAGGACGAUGGAUCCGACGAUGAUCUUUCUCUUCCCGAGCUUACCGCUGAGAACCAACUCGAUUCUUGA